AUGGGCAGCUUUCUCUCAGACUUGGUUCAGUAUCAGAAACUAUUUCCAAUGAUUUUUGUAUUGGGAAUUGGUGGAACCUUCUCAUAUGGCUUCCAAGUUUCCAUGAUCAGCUAUCCUUCCAUGUACAUCAAGAACUUCAUCAAUGACACUUGGCAAGAGCGAUACCAUUCUGUCAUCGAUGAGCAGACCCUCAUAUUACUGUGGUCUUUCAUUGUCUCUACCUUUAGCAUUGGGGGAUUCUUGGGAACCAUCAACUCAAGAUACCUGUCUGCAAAAUAUGGAAAAAAGAAAUGUCUAAUGUUCAAUAACCUGCUUCUGAUAGCAGCUGCAUUUUCCUGGGGCUUCAGUAAGAUGGCAAAGUCCUUUGAGAUGAUUUUGAUUGGACGUUUCCUUUGUGGUUUUAAUUCAGGUGUGGGUUGCAGUUUACAUGGCCAGUAUAUGGCAGAAAUUUCCCCUAAGAAGCUGCGUGGAUUUACAAGUGUCACUGUCUUGCUUUUUGCGAACAUGGGGAAAUGCUUAGGGCAAAUUGCAGGACUAAGUGAACUUUUAGGAACUGAAUCCUUGUGGCCUUUACUGAUGGCUAUCAGUGGAAUCGCAGCAUUGGUGCAGCUGGUCACUCUCCCGUUCUUCCCUGAGUCUCCACCCUACCUACUGAUGCAAAAGGGAGACAUGGAAGGCUGCCAGAAAGCUUUGAAGCAGCUUUGGGGUGAAGGGAAUCAUCAAGGAGCAGUAGAUGAUAUGGUGAAGGAGCAGGCUACAACAAAAAAAAAAAUCAAACCCGUGAAUGUCCUGGAACUCCUAAAAGACCGAUCCUUGCGAUUUCAGUUGUAUUUAUUGGUCACUGUUGUUGUUACCAUGCAGCUUAGUGGUGUCAAUGCAAUCUAUUUCUAUGCCUUUGAUGUGUUCCGUACAGCUGGAUUUACUGAAGAUCGUAUCCCCUACAUAUCUCUGGGAGCUGGGAUCUGUGAGUUCUGCGCCUCCAUAAUGUGUAGCUUCAUCAUUGAUAAAUUUGGCAGAAGGAUGCUGCUGUUGUGGGGAUACGCACUGAUGGUUUUGAUGCUCAUGGUCCUCACAACAACUCUCUCCCUGCAGCAUCAGUUCUUCUGGAUGCCCUACUUCAGUAUUGCUCUAAUUUUCUUGUUGAUUAUCAUCUUUGCAACUGGACCAGCUGGAGCUUCAUUCCCACUCAUGCCUGAACUCUUCACCCAGUCAUCCAGAUCAUCCGCAUUAGUGAUUUCCAUGUCUCUACACUGGGUAGGACUCUAUGUGAUCGGGAUGAUUUUCCCAUAUGUAGUGAAAAGCCUCGGUACCUUCUGCUUCCUUAUUUUUGUGGGCUUCAUUUCUAUCUCAUGGAUUCUCAUCUACAGGUUCCUUCCAGAAACAAAAGGCAAAUCAGUCAUGGAAAUCAAAGAGGAAUUCAAUCAUUUAAAUUUCAGGAAGAAAUGUCUCCAGGACAUGGGAGAGAAUCCCUCUGAAAAAUAUACCUCAUGUACCAAGUUAUGACUGGACAGAAGAGGAGUAAUUUCUUAA